AUGAAGCUCUCCCUCCUCCUGACCAGCGCCUUCCCCCUGCUCGCCUGCGCCCUCCCCUACACAGAUCUCAAGACAGGCAUCUCAUACUCGGCCUUCUUCGAUACAACAGGCUACAGCUUCGGUAUUGCACUGCCCGUCAAUGCAACGGGCGACUUCAUCGGGUUGGUGACGGGUAAGGGAUCAGGUUGGUCGGGUAUCUCGCUUGGUGGCUCAAUGGUCAACAAGCUGCUGAUCGCGGCUUGGGCGAAUGGAAAGACGCCGAUUGCCAGUUUUAGGAAGACGCCAAGAACAGGCUCACCCCCGGAGGUAACAGGCACAUUCAGCCUCGUCCCGAUUGCCAAUGGGACCUACACCAACACGACGCACUGGUCUCUCACAUUCCUCUGCAAAGCCUGUAUCCUGACUGAUGGGACAACGUUCGCGCGUACUUCUGCGACAGAUAUGCUGGGCUGGGCUUACAGUUCUGCUGCUCCUGUCACACCUGCGAGCAAGUCGACAACGUUCACAAAACACACGAAGCAAGGCCAAUAUUCCGCAGAUCUUGCGGCUGCCCGAUCCCCGCUGUUCGAGACGUGGGCUGGCCUGGCGAAGUGA